AUGAAGAUUGUAAGAAGGCAUACUGUAGAUAAUCGUAUAGGUUAUGAAACGUUGAACGCAAUCUUGGAAAAGAUUGGAAACGCAGAGGAGAUGAAUGAGAUUGCAUACAAAGGAUUUUAUCUUCCCAUGGAGAUUUUACUUGACAUACUAUCUCGCCUUUCACUGAAAGACAACGUUCGUGCUUCUUCUGUUUGCAAGGCAUGGCAUGAAGCUGCUGUUUCGGUUCGGCGUAACUCUCCUUGGCUUGUGUAUUUCAACAUUAGCCGAACUGGCCAUGGCGUCUCUUUCGGGUUUUACGAUCCAGCGGAUAAGAUUAAGACCAAGUCGAUGAAGCUACCUAAUCAACCCUUUCACGCAAGUCUCUGUUACUCUAAAGAUGGGUGGUUACUACUCUUGGUAGAUUACCAUGGAAGCAACAAUAGAUUAAUCUUCUUCAAUCCAUUUACUCGAGUGCACAUGAUGCUGCCAAGUUUGAUAACAAUUGAAACCUUUGGAGCUGACUUCGCUUUCUCUUGUGCUCCUACAAAUGAGAGCUGUGUGGUGUGUUGCAUUAGUAAUCGCACACCAGAUAGUUUUCUAAUCCACACUUGGUGCUUCGGUGCAGCUGAAUGGGUCACCGAGGAGUUUCAUAAACCAUCAGCUUCAAGAUAUCGUGGAAGAAACAAUAUCAUAUUCUCUGAUGGCUGUUUUUGGUUUCCAGAUGAAGAUGGUCUAGGAGUAUUCCAUACAGUUACACGUACGUGGGAUACUCUUUAUGUACCACUACGGAAACUAAUUCCCUUUCUGAUGUUUAUUACAGAAUACAAAGGAAACAUCUUUCUGGUAGCUGUUGUCUCUAAUAGAAGUCAGAAAGGAGUCGUCUUGUUUGGACUUAACCAGUUUGGGUUGGUUUGGGAAAAGAAGGAAACAUUUGAUGGUUUGUCCAUCUUUAUUAGUGAUGAAUCAAGCAUUAUAACAAAUGGGCUCACUGGAGAUAUGAGUGACAUUGUGUAUGUGUGGGAUUCUCAUUUAAUACCGUUUUGUCUGUCCAAAUUCUCGUUAUCUACAGGGAGCUUAUGUACGGUCCUUGACGGCCACAGGAUGUCUACAGGGACUUCAGCCAACGACAGUGAGGAAAUGCAUUUUGGCGCCUGGAUCGAACCGCCCCAAGACAUCAAUAUCUAUGACUUUCCCAUUAUAGAGCCUUAG